CUUACUCAAACCUGUUAAGGACGUUUAAAACGGCAGAAGGAUUUCUAUACUCAAAUAUCAUAACAAUUGCACGUUUGACCAAAAAAAAACAUGGACGAUCGACAGAAUGAAAUGCAACACGCAGGAACAUCGAAAAUUACCAUAGGCGAUCUUCCACAAAUCGCUGCCAAACAUACAAAGGAAAUGCAAAUUGGGGAUAAGUACUGCAUUUCCAUAAACCAAAGGCAGAUUUUUACAGAAAAUGAUAACAAAACAGCGAAUGUAAAAGAACAGACGUCACCCUGUCAAUUUUGCAAAAUAGACAUACACGAAUUAUUAGAGAAAUGUAAUGGAAAACUUAGGAACAAGUAUCGAACAUUCAGUGCUUACAUGGAUUCUUCACUUUGGUACAGCGAAAAGACUGUUCCUUUAACCGAUUAUUAUGUAGAUUUGCUGCUGCAUAAAACAGAUCAUUCUGGAAAUCGAAUCGAACAGAUGAUUAACCUCGAGGUGGUGUUGAAGGAAAUUACUGAUGAACAUACAAAUAUUCUUGUGUAUGGAGAUCCGGGUUAUGGUAAAUCUACGUUGUGCAAGAAGAUUGCAUACGAUUGGGCCGGUUAUAAUCGUGCAUUACAACAUUUUGACUCUGUUGUCGUCGUGACAUUAAGAGAUCUUCAGGAAAAAAGCAUCGUCCAUGCAAUUCUGGAAGCCGUUUGUGGAAAUCAUGAAGUGGGAAUGAAGAGAAAAAUAUGGAAUGCCAAAGUAAACUUCUUGAUCAUUUUAGACGGUUUCGACGAAUUCCCUGAUAAAAAUUCAGUAAUUCAAUUUAUAAAUGAUGAUUCUUUCGAGAUUUCACGAAAUAUGACGAUUCUUGUAACCAGUCGUCCCCAAUCUGCAGAGAAAAUAAAGAUGGAAUUUCACAUGAAAGUUAAUCUGAUUGGAUUUCGACGUGAACAACAACGUAAAUAUGUAAGCUUAGUUUUCAAAUCGUCUGAAGAUAAAGCAUGCAGUCUUCAGUCUGUAUUAAAAAAAAAUGGUUUCCUUUUUCAUUUAUCAAAAUGCCCAUUAAUGUUAUAUUUGCUGUGUUGUUUGCAUAAAUUAGAAAGAUUAGAAUGUACCAAAAGAAAAACAGAUGUGUUUAUUCUAAUAUUUGAAUUCCUUAUCAAGAAAUAUAUGAGAGCUAAUAGUGGAUGUAACCAUUUGAAGAAGGGAAAGUAUUUUUAUGGUGAAGAUCUUUUAGUUAGAUUGGGAAAACUAGUUUAUGAGAAAAACCAAAUUAUGGACACACUUAGACUCAGAAGAUGCCACAGUUGUUUUAGAGAAAGAGCUAUUGAACAUGAAUUAGCUUUCAUCAAAGCAAAUUUUGAAUUUCUUGAAAAUGCUAUAGUAACAAAAGAUAAAAGGAUGCCAUUGUGCAUUACUGUCAGUUUGAUCAAAAGUGUUGAAUUGACUUCAGAAUUCAAGGAGCUGUAA